AUGUGUGCCUGCCGCAAUCUCGGGAAGAGGAGAUUCAUGGAGAAGACGCGACAACGGAACUUUGUUAGCAAGAGGUCGCGGACUGGAUGCCGGACCUGUCGGGCUCGCCAUGUCAAGUGUGAUGAAGCCCCAGGAGCAUGUGGAAACUGCACGUCGAGUGGUCGCUCCUGUGAUGGCUACGACCUGCAACGGCUGCCACCGCCAGCAAGAUCUAGUAGGAAGAAGACGCCCUGGACCCGGCUGCUCCCCGAGGUAGGCGGUGGCAUUCGCUGGGUCACGAAUACGGAUGAGCGCCGCUGCUUCUCUUACUUCCAGUACUACACCAUUCCGACCCUAUCGGGGUUCUUCAAUUCGAUGCUGUGGGAAAAGCUCGCCCUGCAAAUGAGCUAUGCCGAACCCGCCGUGUACCAUGCGGCUGUGGCGCUGAGCGCUAUCCAUCAGGAUGUCGAGAUGCACGGCAUGCCCUUACCCGGACAGGAGUUGGAACUCUACAAUACCUGGCAUCGAUUCACUCUGGAACAGGCCGGGCGAUCAUUCGCCAUUCUCAAUGAACGCCAUUUCUCACAAGACCCGCGUCUGCGUGAAGUUAUGCUGCUGUGUUGCCUUUUAUUCGUGCUGAUGGAGCUUCUGCGCGGACGAUAUGACGACGCCUUCCAGCACCUUGAGGGUGGUCUGCGGAUAUUAAACGAGCUAAAGGCUCAGAGACAACUCGUCACCUGGGCCCCGCAUGAAUCACCGGUGGAAGAAGCUCUCGUAGCCGCAUUCGCACAGUUGGACAUUCAAGCUGCGAGCUUCAAGGUCGGUGGUCCCGUUCUGCGUAUCGAAAACGAGUUGGACGUCUCCACCAUGGAGGAGUAUCUAUUAUUUUCCAAUGUCCGUGAAGCGCGCCGUGCCAUCGAGCCCCUCUUGAGUCGUGCCUUCGGCUUUCUGAUGGACUGCUGGUCUAAGUCCGACAAAGAAAUAAUAUGCAAUUAUAAUUGGCUACAACAGGUACAACAAAAAUUGUUCUCCGAAUUGAAUCACUUCUCAGCGCAAUUUGACACCUUCUAUCAUUACUCAUAUACUCGACUGAGUCGAAAAGACCAACGAGGAGCAGAUAUGAUCAACAUCCUACGACAUACCACAUCCCUCUCAAUUCGAACGUCUCUCAUCCGAGACGAGGUCUUACUGAGUCAAUACCUGCCCGAGUACAAAGCGAACCUUGCCCUCAUAGAAGCGGCAAUGUACAAAUUCCAAGAACGUCCCAACUAUACCCUGGAUAUGGGUGUCGUACCCCCGUUAUAUAUUAUUUCGAUAGGCUGUCCCGAUUACGGGCUGCGCUGGCGGGCAAUCGAGUUGCUUCGGUCUUGGCCGCAUCGCGAGGGGGUCUUUGAUUCCAAUUGGGCAGCUUUUAUUGCAGAAGAGCAUAUUAAGAUUGCAUUGAGGUUGCAAGGAUUUCGUGCGAUUGAUGGGUUAUCGGGUUCUGUAGGGGACAGUGAGAGUCCGACGAGUUCUGUAGGAUCUAAGGAGGAUUCGAAUACAGAGGGGAAAUUGGAGAAGGGAAGAUGGUCGACUUUGGGACAGGAAGAGUAUUCCAUUGAACAGGGCCUGGAGAAAACGAAGUGUAUGGAGGAUUGGCCUUGCGUGCAGUCUCUGCUGGCUGCGAGGAGGCAAUGUAUGAUGUGA